CUGUUGACUUUAAACGGAUGUGGCUUACGUCAGUGGAAAUCCCCACACGAUGCGACUGUAUCUGACUAAAGCCAUAAUAAAGUCUGCGUUCUUGUGUGCUUCACUCAUUUUCAUGCAUCAUGUUUUAUUACGUGUUUUAACUCGUUUCCGAUCAAAGGUCGUGCGUGUUUCUGCGUUUUAUGUCGGCAAGCAAACAUUAAAGCGCUCCAGCAGAUGCGCGUUCCUUGCGUUCGUUACGGUAGAAGAAGAUCAACGCGAAGUUUCCCUUUGGUUUCGUUUUAUCUACAAUCAUCAUGACCAGUCCAAAAUGCGAACUAACGAGUCUCGCGAAACCACGGGUGAUUUCUAAACCAAAAGAAGCCUUUUAUAACCGAGCGGGACUAAACUAGACUGGAUCCGGAGUGUCGCAGAAGAGCGUUCCGACUCGCGCUCGAUCCGGAUUGUUUCUCGCGAACGCUUCGUAAACAGACGAAAGAGCGCAGUUUAAAGUCCACGCGAUUAUGUGAGGUGCGUCAUGGCUCUCUCAGGUCUCACACUGGACAGCUGUGGAUCCCAGCGGAUGGAGCAGCAGGAGGUUGAGGACGAGUUCACCUGUGCAGGUGUGUUGAGGGGGGCGUUGCUGGCGCUGCAGCCCACCGUCGAGCGAGUCUUCGGGGUGAAGCUGAGUAUCGGAGGAGAGGAUGGUCCUUCUGCGCUGAGCGGUCAGAUCUGGCUGCAGCUGCGGGGGACUGCAGGAGACGUGCGGGCAGCAAAGCUUUUUGUGAAAGGUGUCGUCAAUCAGGAAGCUCAGCAAGAGAUCCAGUUCCCUGAAGUGCUGCACUGUGUCUUCUGUGGUGCUAAGGGGCUGUUUAUGGAUUGCCUGAUUAAAAAUACCUCUGCUCAUGUAGUGGUGGGAUCUCAAGGCAUCGUCCUCAUAACCGGGCUGGCAGAACCUGUGGUGAAAGCCUAUUCCCUUAUUACAGACCUGGUGGAGAAGUACAAGAGCAGCCAGGGACGGCGCUCUGAGGCUGGGCUCGAAUCCUUGGAGUCGCGUCGGGCCUUCAAAGCCAUUGUGGAGAGUCUGGAGGACCGUCACACCCUGGACCUGCUGGUGUUACCUGUGCUGGUGAAAGAGGUCCUGCUGCUUUUGGUGAAGCAGUCUGGAUUGGACUCGCAUACAAAACGGGCCCAAGAGGGUCCAAUCCCGGUCGAAGUCAACGGAGCAUGGGCGAUGCAAAGAACUGUUGACGAAAUUGUUUUUGGAGGCUCUGGAGGAUCGAAUCGUAACACAGAGAACUCACAUUCCCAACAGCCUCGUCUUUUCCCACAAUCCUCGCACAGAAUUAACAGCACGGAUGAUUUCAGCAGCCAAUCCUGCAAUCCGUUUUCAACACACUUUGAGAUCCCAGAGUCUCCAGAACCAGGUUCGCCACAAGAAACCCAAUCCGAGACGCCACAGCAGGACACCGUCUUGUUGUUCGCGAGGAGCAGAGAAGAUUUUGACCACCAUCUCAAGUUCUUCACCACCAUGGGAUUUGCUGAGGAUGUGGUUCAAGCCGUUCUAACUCGAACCGGCCCCAAAGAAGCCUCGCAGCUUCUGGAUUUGAUCCAGCAGGAGCAGGACAAAACCGGCCAGCGAAACCGCAGCCAUGAGUCCCAGAAUGUGGCGGGAAUUGGUGGAGAAAUGCACGAGGCUCUUCAGAUACUAGAGGCCAGUAAAGGAAAAGAUGAAGACUUUGUCAUGGAUGUGUUGAAGAAGGCCGCGGCCACUUGCGGCUACGACGAAGAGAGAGUAAUGGAAGUGUGCAGUAAUCUACCCGAGCUCCAGCCACACGAGCUGCUCAUGCAACUGCAGAAACAAGGAGAGGCCAACCGGACGAGAGGUGGCAGCAAAAAAUCUGAUUGGAAGAUUGGCCCAAAUUCAAUGGCAGAUCUCGACACUGGAAGCGGAAAGUCCCAAAUGAGGAACGCAAAACUAGAUGCAUCCAAACCGGUGAACAUUAACGGCAGGCCUUCAUCGGUGAGAGGCCCACCGCAGACGACAUACUCCUUUGAAACCUUGGACUCUGAUGUGCAACCAAUGAUUUCACCUGUCCGAUCGCCUCCACGGACUAUCCGUCAGAACAUGGAUUUCAGUUCGCCAGAUAUCUCCAACCAAUCCGCUGUGCCCAAACCUCACCAUGGCAGAUCAGGUGCGGCUUCUGUGGUCACAGGGCCUCAGCGGUUCCUCGAGAGCCUCAAGACGCCCUUCAAACUGCAGCUGUCAGACGAGCCUGGUGACCCCAUGCUGCGUCAGAUCAUCAUCGAUGGGAGCAAUGUUGCAAUGAGUCACGGUUUGGGGGUGUUUUUCUCCUGUCGAGGCAUCGCUCUGGCCGUACAGCAGUUUUGGGCGAGAGGUCAUCGUGAAAUCACUGUGUUCGUCCCUCAGUGGAGGCAGAAGAACAACUCAAAGGUUAAAGAAAGGCAAUACAUGAAUGAACUCUAUGAUCUGGGUUUCCUCAAAUACACUCCAUCCAGAGAGGUCGAGGGCAAGAGAAUCAACUCAUAUGAUGACCGAUUCAUGCUGGAGCUGGCGCAGAAGACGAGUGGAGUUAUUGUGACUAAUGACAACCUGAGAGAUCUGGUGGACGAGUCGCCCGCGUGGAGAGACAUCAUAAAGAAAAGUUUGCUUCAGUACGUGUUUGCCGGCGAUCUCUUCAUGUUACCUGACGAUCCUUUGGGCCGUGGUGGACCUCAUCUGAGAGACUUCCUACAUAAACACCACAGUAGUUUGCCUGUUCCCGGCAGUCACUCGUUCGCAGGUGUGUCUGCGUCCUUCCCUCCACCGUCUGCGGCGCGGCACGCUCACACCGAAGUGCUGCAGUACCGAGACUGGACCCCGGGGGGUCACGGCAGGGGUCAGGAGGUCAGGGAGAGGACGGCGGAGGAGACGCUGAAGCUGCGGCAGAGUUUAGUGCAGAUCUUUCCGGAUCAGGAGAGCGUGAUUAUCAUGAUCCUGCAGUGUCACCCGACCGUCAGAGACGUCAGCCGGCUCACAGACCUCAUCCUGGAGCAACAGGAAUAAACACCAACAUGACACGCAACAUCUGGACAUACACAGCUGGCUUUGAAUUGUGCUCAAGACAAAACAAAAAAUAUUUCCUUACCAUUCCAAAACUGUCUUCUAAUGUGUUUUCGGUUUUAAACGUAAUUUAUAUAUUCAACAAGUGUAAAUGAUGAAUAUACAGUGGCCGAGACGCGCUGCAACUUAAGAAAACACAUGCUUUUAGGAGUUCUUAAUUUGAAAUGUUAACACUUGAUGUUUUGUUGAUACUAUUUAUUUUCACAUGUUCCUUUCUUGAUGUAAGGAUAAUAAACAGAUGACGAGUGUUAGAGACCAAAUCAACCAAAGAAUAGGUCUUAAUGAGUUUAGGUUUCAUGUUUUUCUUUCAGGGACGACGGAUGUAAAUGAGCAAUGUUGCUAUAAUCUGGCAUGUUUACAUUUUAAAUUUUUAUACAGAUGUUCGUUAAUGUGCUCUGUCCCUAUUAAACAGCUACAUAAA